UUAUCAGCUGAGUGAGGUUGUUUAAAAAGCCUCCAAAAUGAAUUUUGGUAAAAAUAUCUAUUAAUAAACUUUCCGAUGGUUUAUAAGACGUUUGAAUAUGGCUAUUCCUUGUGAAAUGUUACUACAUCCCGAACUAUUAACCAACGAACAAUUAAUAUACGUACUUCACGAGCGCCAUUUAAGGGUCCCGAACCUAGAAAAUAUGGCAAGAGAUGAAUUGUUACACAUUUUUCACCAGUAUUGUGUGCCCCAUGGUCAAAGAAGAUAUAGAGAUUCAGGAAGAGGAAAGGUGCUAAAUAAAGCACGACCCGUCAGUCCGCCGGCACCCCAGAAAGUAUCUCUAAAUACAGCCUUUAACGCAAGAAAAUCUGUGUACUCAGAUCACUUUGAUAGAAUCAAACCACCACCAGAUUUAUUAAGUGGGCAUAUGAAAAGGAUUAAAAUAGAAAAUAAGGAAAAAGAUGCUUAUUUAAAAAGGAAAAUGUCUGUAGACUCUGAUACACCUGCAACUGACAGUCCACCAUCAAAAAAAGACAGGAAACCUAUCACAUGGCCCUAAACACUUCCCAAUUAGAUACUUCUUUAAAUUGGAAACACCACUUUUAGUAUAAAAGCUCUAUAGAGGAUUAACCACACCUGCAUAGCCAACAUGCCAAUUGUUUACGCCCCGUAGCAAACUAAACGCAACUGUCACUGUCACACUAAUAUGGAAAAGUGAUAGAGAGAGAUGACUAUACUAUACUACAGAGUUUUAACUAUUGCAUGUUGGCUAAGCACCCUGAAGUGGAUGCAGUGACAUGUCUUGUGCAUUGCAUUUUUGACAAACAUCAUGUCUGUUAAGCACAGAUGUGGCCAAUCCUUUACAUAAGUCUCACAAAUAUCUUAAUUAACACUAGAAUGUUACUGUAAUGUUAUGUUGAAAAUAUCACACACAUGCCAACAUCAUUGACAAAAGGUAACAAAUUUUAAUCUCACUUGAAAGCAUGAUUAUUAAUUUAUUAAUUUAACUUCAAUAUCAUAAUAGUUAAGCAUUAGAUGUGCUUUGUGCACAAUUCAUGACACCUUUAGAGGGUUCCUAAGAUUCAAUGGGUUCAAAUCUAAUUUCCAAGAAUGAUAAUAGUCCUUAUUUUACUGUUAAGUAAAUCUAAAAAAAAUUAUGUGAAGCAAUGUUUUACUAAACAAUUACAAUUUUUUUUAAUAAUAAACAAAAAAAGUUUAUUGUUGCAGCUUUAUAGUCUUAGUGAUAGGUUUUAUGUGUUUACCCGACUGCCCCGUGGCUGUGGAGGGGGAGGGUAUGUUCUUUCUUUGUAUAUUUUAGUUUUAAGUAGUACCUAUAAUGACGCAUGAAAAUUAUCAAUUUGGUGACUAAAAGUUGAAUGUAUUUUAAGCAA